CCCAACACAUCCCAAUGGUAAAUAGAUUAUAGGGAUUCACUUAUUUAAAGACCUGGACAAAAGCUGAGUGUGAGUAUUUUUGGUGGUUGGCUUGAAACAACAAGCCACACAUUUGGAGCUGCAAACACACCAUAGGGAUCUAAUUACAGCCAGACAUAGGUCAGACCUGACCCACUGGGUACCUCACCUCACCUGCCGAGGGACACGGGAUAAACCAGUGCAACAGAGGAGCCUGCGGGAGAAGCAGUUCUUUACCUCACGGAGCUCCGACUACAGCGGGUCCAUACACAUACACACACUCACAUUGACACAUAGCCUACAUCCGCACACUCGCUCUCACACAGAGGCUGGUCAGCCGGCUGCAACUGCGGUUACGUUUUUUUUUCUUUUUUCGGCCCGGACCCCCAGGAGCCCCGUCAGGAGCUCCGCUCCUCACCAACUUUCACGCUGUCUCUCCGGCUGCUUCCUGCCAUCAUCUUGGACGAUGAUGAUGAUGAUGGCAACUUCACCAAGUGGAUGAGCAGCUACUGGGGCCACAGCAGCGGCGAGGGCAAGGAUCGCAAGCACAGCUUCCGGGGACAAUCCUCGCGCCGCAGAGCCGACCGCCGGGCCUCCCUGCCCUGCCCGGUAAGGACCCCCUCUGCUGACGAUAGAGAACGACACGGGCUGCGCAGGGUGUCACAACUGGAUGCCAUGCACCUGAACAGACUUCAUGCGGCCGCAAUGGCUCCCGCACCUGUGCACGUUAAGGGUCGAGAGGAGAAGGAGGUAAGGCCGCACCCACGCGCGCGACGCGUCGCCUCUGAUGAAAACAGCCGCAAGAGCAUCAUCAUCCCAGCAUCAGGCAUCACCACCAUCCCCGAGCUCACAGAGUCCUUUGAGAGGAGACUACGCUUCCGCAACCAAAAAGUUGUGUCAUUGAUUAUGUGGUUACAGGGUGAUGCUGAUAACGUAUGUCUGCUUUGCCAUGAGGACAAACGCACUGGAACAGUCCAUGAACUUCCCUGCUCACAUCGAGUCCACAAAGAGGCGGGAAAGAAGGUGGAGCAGGUACGUCCCCGCAGUUGCAGCUCAGCAGCCACCUGUGAGAGGGGGAAGAGCGGAGACGAGACCAGGAAGUCCACGGAGCAGGAAGACUACCAUGUCCCCCGCCGCCAGCUGUCUCUACGGCGCCAGCGCUAAACAACUUUUUGCCAUUUUGAGCUGAAGUCAAAGUUCAAAGUUCAAAGUUCUGUACAGAAUUGACGUCCGAGAGUUUAGAGUGAUUUAAAAAUAAGGAAAA